CCCGCGUGUGUGCACCGUCGCCAGUUUUCCCGCAGCUUUCGUGUUGUUCGUUCGUCCGCCGCCGUGUCUGUCGCGCGUCACCAAAAGACACAAUAUUUUUUACGAUAGACUACGCGCUCCGUCUUUGAUUUCCAUUUUUACCGUGAUACCUGUAUAUUGUAUGCAAUGCAUGUCCGAGAAAUUUUUUAACGACAUGGUUUGUACGUUGUCCGACCGUAGUGUUUUGUGAUAUGUCCAAAGUUAAGUGAUCGAGACGGCCAUGAUGUUAUGCCGUAUCACUAUGGCGAUGCUGCUGCUGUUGCUGCUGUUUCAACGGACGGUCAUCGCGGAUAAUUUAGCAUUGUUAACCGGCACGCUCAGGACAUACCACAGGGUGGGCUGCGAGACCCAAUCGUUGGCGCUGACGUGCCCAACCGGUACGAUCAUCUCGGUGCAGUCGGCCCAGUACACGCCGGGUUCGUUGGCGUUGCCCUGCUCCGACACCGGACUUGCCGCCAAUCUCAACAACAGCUGCAGCUGGCCUCAGGCCUUACAGUAUUCGCUGCUACAGACUGUGGUAGAGGCGUGUCAGAAAAAACAGCAAUGCAGAGUUCAGCCAUCUGUGGGCAAAUACGAUCCUUGUCCAGGCCACCCAAAGUUCAUUCAAGUCGAUUAUAAAUGUCGACCAUUCGAGUUCAGGAGCAAAGUGGCAUGCGAAAACGAGGUGGUCAACUUGCAGUGCAAUCCGAAUUCCCGGCUGGCCAUGUUCUCGGCGAGCUACGGACGGACAGAGUACGAGAGUAUCCAGUGUCCGCAACCACAAGGCGUUCCCGAAGAGACGUGCCUGGUGAGUUACGCGACGGAGACUGUGAUGACUGUGUGCCACGGCAAGAGAAAUUGCAGACUGGCGGCGGAUGCGGCUACGUUCGGAAACCCUUGCAAACCAGCUUCGAGGAUGUACUUGAAAGUCGUUUACAACUGCGUGCCCAGGAGAGUGUUAAAAGAACAAUUCGAAGAGCCUGCUCAUUCCGACGAACCGACUGUAAUGGAACUGGACUACUUUGACAACCCCGGUGUGGCCCCCGUACAGCCAUUCGAAUCCUUAUCCCCGCCCGCCAACGACCCCAGGACUAGGUACAACGAGUCGGCUGCUGAUCCCGUUGGGCAUGGAAAUUCAUCUAGUUCGUCACUGGGUACGAUAUCUCGGCAUACGUAUCAACAGUCCACGACACAGAAUCCGGUACAAAAUAUUACCACAAUGAAGACCGCUGAUCCGAAUAGCGUCUUAGCUAACAUCGUUACUUUUGGUUACGUUUCUUACAAGAUUGUGUACAAAAAACAAGACAAGUUUUACUUAUACUUGGGCGGUGGAUUGAUUGGCGGCCUGUUGUCUAUAUUGUGUGUCGUGGCGGCCAAAUUCGUCUGGCAGCGUUCCAGGAGACAUUUGGACAACAAACAUAAGUCCGAUAACGCCAGCCAUGACAUGUCAAUCGACCCAAACGCAUUUGGCGAUAACAUUAGCGAAGUAGACGCCGAUAUUGAUCUAACGGAUAUUACGCAAUUUCCCAUCACCGUUAUACCCACACAACAGUUAUCGCCAAGCGAAGUGGUGAGAUAUGGAAACGAAGGUAUUGCGCCCAAAAGUCUGUGUAGGAAUGACAGCUCGCAAUAUUAUUAUGGAUGACAAAAUGGCGGCAAGGAGACGGUCAGCCGGCUGCCUUGCUCAUCCCAAACGCCAGCAAAUCCUGCCGCAUCGAGAAUGUAUUGUUUCUAACGGACGGGAUCGUUGCUUGCCCAAGAAUGAGCUUAGCAAAACCCAACUUAAAAGACUUUCGAAUUUACUUUAGUCUAUAAUUUCUUUUGUUUACGUAUAAUGUAUGUAAUGUAUAAAUAAAUAUCUGCGUAUCAGUCGAAUCGUGUUAUAUAAUUUUAAGUAUAUAUUAUUAUUAUUAUUAUUAUUAUAUGAUUAAUUUACCGGUGUAAAUCAAUAAACUCAAAACCAAAGAACGAUGCCAUUCGAGAAACGAAUCGAGAACAAUCAAUGUGAAUAAUUGAUGUAUAAUAUUGUUAUGUAUUACAUCAAACGAGUUUUAUAAUCUGUGAACAUUGUGUAAUGUAAAAAUAUGAAGAGGGUUACAGCUUGUUCGUACAGACAAUUCAUGUCCAUUACCAUAAUGAAUAUGUUGCUAUUGAUUUUUUUCACUUAAAAAUAACCGUAACCGACGAAUAGAACCUCGUAAAGUGAUAAUGACUAAUUUAAUAAAUUUAAACAUGAAAAGACACUUAAUCUUGGUAGUAUGCUAUUAACUUUUGACACGUAAAAUAAGUAAAAUUACAAUAAAACUUAUUUUAAAACUACUUAUUCGUUACAUAAAUUUAGAGAUUUUUUUUUUUUAAUUCGAAACAAACGAAUUCUAGGGAUUGUCGUUUUUAAAUAGCAUAGUUUCCAAAAAAAAUAUUUUAUACUUAAAUAAAAUAAAAUACAUUACCAUAAAUAUGAAUAAAUAAUACAGUUUCUGAUAAUUUUCAGUUUUCACAUAAAUAACUUUUAAUUUGAGCGCUACCACAAUGUCUUGUACCUGUACAACUUAGAAAUAUUUUGAAUAUACUACAUUCGUAAUUAAAAAUUAUAGCAUAAUGAAAUCAUAAAAAAAUUUAAAUAAUUUUCUUAUAGUUAAGAAUUCGAUUAGUUUUUUUGUAACAUAUUAUAUAAUAUACAUAUAUGUAAUAAACGAUUUACUAAUGGUGGAUAAUCUGUUUUUCCUUAGCAAUCUUGAUGAGGAUUUAAAAUGACACCUAUAAUCGCAUAUUAUGCCAACCAUGAUGAAAAUCUAGUAUUAAACUCCAUUAUUAAACAUAAUAAAUCAAAUAAUGAAAAAAUAAAGUUUAAAUUGAAAUUAAUAGAUAUUAUAGUGGUGAAAAAAAUAUUUAAUUAACACAUCACAAAACAGCCAGAGGCACAGGUAGAAUCAUAGAGGAUAUAAUAUAUCGUCCAUUAAACAUAUUAUAUUAAAUAACAGUAUAUUUAACAUAGGUAUAUUAAAUAGUUAUUAUAUUACAAUAUAUUUCUGUAGUACAUGGAUAUAAGACAUUUUUACGCACAAAACAGUAAAUAAUAUAAAAUUAUUGUAACAUAACAAUAUUUGGUUAAGUAUAAAAUUAAAUCAGAGCCAUAGGUACACACGCAAUUAAAAAAUGUAUACACGGAACAACUAUAAAAUAUAUGAUAUUUCUUAAGAAUAACUUUAGAGCUAAGAAUAACAAGCCAAAAUUGAUCUCUCGAUUACUUAAAGGCUAUAGCACUUAAAUAAUAUAAUAUUUACAAAUAUUUAACAAUACCUAUUACAAUUUUUGUUUUCUUAGUAUUCAAACUGUACGACUAUGCAAGUAUAAAACCUUCUCAGUAGAAAACCAUUAAUAAUUUAAAAGAUAUUGUUUUGAAGUAAAAAUCAACGCAAUCGUUACACUUCUUCGUAAUAAUUAUAUUGUAUAAACGAACCAUAUCUUUAUUAUCCCAGUUUUAAAGUAUAAUAAAAUGUUAAUAUUCAUAACUGUUAAUUGUAUGUAAAGAAAUUGUAAGUAAUACGUUCAUUUCUUGUUGUAUUUUAUUAUUAUAUUUAUGUUUUUUAACUGUGUUGAUAACUAUAGCUAUGUUUAUCAUUAAAACUGUACAUUUAUUUAUGUUCUCACAAAAUGUAUUAAUUUAUUAUUUUUCUUUCUAUUUAAUACUUUGAUGAACAAAAAAAAAAUGUUAAAUAAUGUAGUCAAUACAAUUUAUUUAUUCAAUUUAAUUAUUAUACAGUAGGUAUAAUAUACAGUUUAAUCAUUAUAAUAGAUAUUGUUUCAUUAUGUACUUACCUAAACAAUUUUUUUAUUUAUUUUUCAUUAAAUCUCAAUGCAAUGUAAA